AUGCAUGUGGACGAUUUUUUGUUUGCAGGACACCCGUGGAUCUUGCAGAGAAUUGCAGACAAAGUGCAAGAGCACUAUGAAGUGACCGUUGAGUGGGUCCGCAACGUUGGAGACGAACUAACUUUUCUCAAGCGGACACAUGUUUUGAUGACUAACAACAGAUUGGGAAUUCGCCCGCACAGCAAACACAUUGAGCAAUUGGAACUGAUGCUUGGUGUGGAAACUUGCAAAGCAAGAAAGACACCAGCACCCGUUGGUAAUCUCCCCACAGAUUCUAUGAACCAAGCCCUCGAUGAUGAGUCUGCGCACAUUUACAGGUCAGCCGUAGGAGUGUUGCUGUACAUGUCUCAUGAUGUGUUUGAGGCGCAGUACUGCAUCCGGCUUUUGGCCCAGCACAUGGCGCAGCCUACGAGUGGUUCAUACCGUUUGUUAGUUCAUUUGGUUUGCUAUUUGAAGGGUGUGAAGUACAGGAUGCUGACUUUGGAAACGCCUUCAAUCGGCAAGGGCUUUGUCACCAAGAGCCCAGGCGGGGAACAUUUGUUGGAAGCGUACAGUGAUGCAGAUUGGUCUGGAUGCAAACAGACCAGACGCUCGGUCACGGGCAUGGUGCUGAUGUGGAACAAUGUCGUUUUGACAAGUGCAUCAAGGACACAAAAGAGCGUGUCACUUUCAAGUGCAGAAAGCGAAUUCAACGCUGCAGUUUCCACAGCAUGCGAUGCCUUGUACAUUCGGAACAACCUCAGAUUCUUGCUUGGCACCCAGCCAGUGUUCCUCAGGUUGCUGAGUGACUCAUCCGCUUGCCGCGGAGUGGUGGCCAGACAAGGCUCAGGGAAGAUCAAACAUUUGGAGGGAAAGUUGCUUUGGAUUCAGAGCAAGGCGCGUGCUGGAGAAAUUAGUUGUGCUGCAGUAUCGACUGCAGUGAAUGUUGCAGACUUGAUGACAAAGGCUCUUCCGAAGCCUAGGGUCAACCUGUUGUUGUACCAUCUUGGAGUUACAGAUGAAGAUGGAGUUCCUGUUGGUGAAGCGGAAUUCACAGAGCAGCAGGAGAGGCUGGACUUGAAGCUCGCCAUCAGGCGAGUGCAGAGAGAUCUCACCGAUGAGUGCGGGCUGCAGCAAAGCAGCAGCAGCAUGACGCUUGCAAAGCGAGUUCUGCGAAUUGGCAUGAUGUCCAGUUUGAUGGUUAGAGGUGCAGCAACAUCACAGCCAGAAGACGUCUUGAGCCCGAGCCCAAUGUUUACAAUGGUUUCAAUGUUGAAUUUUGAUUUCGGAGACGUUUACGAUUUCUGUGCGUUGGUUGGAGCAGCAUGGAUUGUAUACACUUUCUGCAGGCUUGUUAUUUGGUUUGUGAAAUGGUUGUGCAAUCACAGGAUGCAACCAGAAGUGAGCUGUGGGAUGAGAAGCAGAAGCCAUUUGGUUGAUGCUUGCAUUCAGGUGAGUGCAUAUCCGCAGAGUGUGCGGAGUGAGGCCACACCGGUGGCCACGCAGGUUGAACGCAUUGUGCAAAGACGGGUUGCCGACAGGGUUGACAACGCCGCAAGCAGCAGCACACUGGCUGCACCGUCAGCUGCAGCAUCCUCAGGAUCAUGGUUACAUCCACAGCCAAUGGUGUGUAUAACCGCUUAUGGGCGGUACUACCACAAGAAGCAUUGCAAAUGGUUGAAGCAGUCAAGUGGAUUCGAGCAGAUGCUUGAGAAAGUUGCGUUGCAGAAGGGUUACAAGCAGUGCAGGACGUGUUUGCAUGAAAGCCGAGUGAAUGAACUUGGUGUGCAAGGCAAUUUGCCUAGCAAGGUGGAUUAA